AUCUCACUAGAAGUUUGAGUAUCACUCCUCCCGAUCAGAUGAUGAUUGAAAAAGCCAAAGGGGAAACUGCCUAUCUUCCAUGCAAAUUUACUAUUGGUCCUGAUGACCAGGGACCACUGGACAUUGAAUGGCUGCUAUCACCAGCUGAUAAUCAGAAGGUGGAUCAAGUGAUUAUUUUAUAUUCUGGAGACAAAAUUUAUGAUAACUACCAUGAAGCUCUGAAAGGACGAGUACAUUUUACAAGUAACGAUCUCAAAUCUGGUGAUGCAUCAAUAAAUGUAACAAAUUUGCAGUUGUCGGAUAUUGGCACAUACCAGUGCAAAGUGAAGAAAGCUCCUGGUGUUGCAAAUAAGAAAGUUUUGCUGACAGUUCUUGAAAUGACUUCACCUGUUAUAACUGUACGAAACGCCACUUCCGAGUACUCGGGGACAUACAGCUGUACGGUGCAGAACAGAGUGGGCUCUGAUCAGUGCCUGCUGCGUCUUGAUGUUGUUCCCCCUUCCAAUAGAGCUGGGACAAUUGCAGGAGCUAUCAUAGGAAUUUUGCUUGCUCUUGUGAUCAUUGGUCUUAUCAUCUUUUGCUGUCAUAAAAAGCGCAGAGAAGAAAAAUAUGAAAAGGAAGUUCACCAUGAUAUAAGAGAAGACGUUCCUCCUCCAAAGAGCCGGACAUCCACUGCCAGAAGCUACAUUGGCAGCAAUCAUUCAUCCCUGGGAUCCAUGUCUCCUUCCAACAUGGAGGGAUACUCAAAGACUCAGUAUAACCAAGUACCAAGUGAAGACUUUGAACGUGCUCCCCAGAGCCCAACUCUCCCGCCCGCUAAGGUAGCUGCCCCUAACCUAAGCCGAAUGGGAGCGGUUCCUGUGAUGAUUCCGGCACAGAGCAAGGACGGGUCUAUAGUAUAGAGCCUCGGAACUUCCCUGCUUUGUUCUUUGUGUGUCUUUUCUCCUCUUGAUGUAUGAAAAUCUAUUCAGGUUUAAAUCUUGUGAAUAGCCUCAAAAGAUAUGAAAAGAAGUUAACUAGAAACUGUUAAAAAUUAUGCUUCACAAAGUUUUAUUUGGUUAUCUUGAAACAAAAGACACUGGAGAUAGUAAAGACAUUUACCAUCUUGAAGAGGCUGGUUUUAAAGAUGACUAUUAAUUUACCUGAGUACGAUAUAGCACUUUGUACAUGGAAUCAUAGGUGAGGAGCUCUGUGAAUUUACACAAGUUGGUUACUUGAAUCAUCUGAAAGUGAUACUUUAUAAUGUCUAUCAUUAUUUUUAAGAUGUGUGUCUCAUUUAUUUAUGAUCCAACAGGGUCCCCAAGAUCAGCUAAGAAACAUACAUAGCAAAAAGACUUCAAUAUGUUUGUACUUGUUUUAAUAGCCUCUUUGAAACUCAGUUUGGAGUAUCUAACAAGACACUAAUAACAAAACACUACAAUGUUUUAGAAAUGACUGUUUUUACUUCCAGGUCAUUCAUAAACUAUGAAAUGAUUUCUUGAGAACUGAAUUUCUUUAAUCACCAAAGGGACAUAGUAGACUUUCAUAUGCUAAAGGAGCAUUUGUUAGAUUUAAUUAGAACAUUUGCCUCAGCUAUGUAUACAGAUGACACCAUAGGUGCAGUAGUGGAAAUAGAUUAUUUGACAGGUGAUCUGGUGCCUUGAGGCCUGUGGUGGUCUGUGGAAGAAGGGCCAGCUAGAUCCAGGAUACACAGUUCCCAAGUAAACACUUUAGGCUCUCCACUUUAGGUUAUAUUUCUCUAAAAAGAAAAUGUUAUAAUCCAGUUAUUAUGCGAUGAAUACAGAUGAGAAUUUCCUAAUUAUUGAUUCUAAAUUUAAAGUGUAUGUGUUUUCAUUCUUGCUUAAGGUUUUUUUUUUUUAUGAUAUUGUGUAUUUUAUGUUCUCAAAAUAUGUAAACCUAAACUUACCCUUUGAAUGCAGAUUGUGGAGGAUAUUUUCAUCAUAGAUUCAGUGAUCAAAUACAUUUUAUAAAAAUAAGUGUCCUCCAUCAAUUCUAUAUUGCAGACUGGGGAGGAUGUACAGUUGCCGUUGUGUGGCCAAACAUGUUUGUGUAGUUCCAGCAGAUCAGGUUGAGCUUUGAAAAAGUUUGAGUCUUAGUUUUGUGGAAGUGAUUUCUUCUUUAAAAAAAAGAAAGCAAAAGGAGUAAAGAAAAUACUCCUACCUGCCAAAUGUGUUUUAGUAGAAGAAAGUGGAUUUAUUGUAUUUCCCUUAAGAUGAUGAGGGAGUGUGGAUAUAGUAGAAUAAGCCAUCAGUUUCUUUAUAGUAAAUAAGGUCUGUAAUAAAUUAUUUGAUUAGCUGUAAAACCAUUUCCCUAGAUUUUUGUAGGGAGUUGGUUUCUGUUAUCUCUCUGGGUGCUGUGGUGGUAAAUGCAACAUUAUUAAUUAAUGUUGGCAUGCAUUGACAAUUAGAGUGUUGUGUACACUUUUUAAUGGUAAAUCUAAGCUGAAUGUGUAAUGAAUUAGUGUACAGUUUUACAUAUUAGGAAGCAUUUUUUAAGUAGGUUUUCAACCUCACAUAAAGUUACUUUUUAUACUUGUGUUAACAUUUUCAUCUGUGCCUUUCUGGAUAAUUUAAUUUCUAUUAUGACUUUCUGGUGCCUAUGAGCUAGCUAUCACCUAUGGGAAAGGUGCUUAGGGGUGAAGGUACUGUUUCUAAAAACGCAUCACUGUGACAUUCUCUAUCCUCAUACUUUCAACCUUGCCUGCUCCUGUCUCUUCUGUGUUUAUGUAACUUAAGUGGCAGUUCUUCAUAAGGAUUUAAGCACUAACAUCCCAAUGCUCCGUUUCUAAUUUUAUAACAGUAGCUAUUUUUGAAUACUAAACAUUUGGCCUGUUUUUAAGAUAUUGCAAGAGUAAAAUAGAACACAAAUUUGAAUAGCAAAACUGUUUUGGUGUAUCCUAUUUCUGAUUUUGUUAUUGAUCUAAGUAGAAAUUAGUAUAGGAUGAACAUAUGUAAGAUUUUGCUUUCCUUAGGCUUCAUAUUUAUCUAAGGUUUGAUUAUAAGUAAAUCAGUCUUUCAGAAAGUAUUGCAGUUAGUAUUCAUAAUCCACUAUAAUCUGGAAAUCAAGCUUAUAAAAGAUGACUUGGGUAAUCUGAGCAGACCUAUUGGGUGUGAUUGGUAUUAGAGAACAUAGUUUAGUUUUAGGCUUCUGUCUCCAGUUGCUCUUAUUAUAAAUUUCAGUUGACUCACAGGUCAUUUAGUACUAAUAAUUCCCCAAAUAAUUCUCACUGAUAAUUUUAGGAGAAACAGAUUACCUAUUUUAGAAUUACUACUGCAAAUGGUAAAUAGUUAAUGCAAACUUACUAGAACAUCUCAGUGAGAGCCAGUAAUAAGAGUCAAGGAAAGUAUUUCAUCUUCAAAGCAAAACUGUUUGAUUCUACUGUAUAUCUGAGAAAUCUGAUAUCAUUUAAAGUUGCAUAAGAUAACUUGAAGGGAAGUGAUCCUGUGAAUUACAGUUUUGUGCUUUGAGUUUAGAAUAGUUUACAGUGCUUUUCUUCAUAUUUUCCUGUUAGAAAGCUCUCUUACCAAAGUCCCCACUGAUUACACUGAUCAGUGUUUCUGGACAAAUUAUUCUUUUUAAAUUUGAACUAUUUACCAAGGAUUUAUGACAUUGGAGAUACAGUGUGUCUUAGGGGAAAGUGAGUUAAUAAAACCCAAGUCAUCAUGAAUAGAGAUUAUGGAUAUAAAGGAAUAUUUGAUUUUUAUUAAGAAGAUAAGAAAUUUACAAUUAAAUCCUGGAAUUUUGGAUCAAAUAAAAGGUUAAACAUCUUGAUUAAAUAUAAGAAUUCAUUGCAUGAAGUUGGCUACCAAAUUCUGUAAUACAUGGCUUAUAAAAAUAACUAUUCUCAGUCUGUUUUUGUGUGCAUGUUGCAUGUAAAUUUAAAGUUACGUGCAUGUUUAUAGUUUGUUCUAAUUUGCAUUUCAGCAGUGUGUAGGGUUUGGAUGCCUUAUUCCAGUAUGAACAGAAAAAAUCCUUAUUUUAUGUGUUUGAUUCUUGAUAUGUCACAUAUGGUGUAGUGUGCAGAAAAUGUUGGCACAAUUUGAACUUUUCAGUGGCUUGUGACAUUACAUAUUAUAUAUAUAUGUACAUAUAUCUUUAUGACGUUCCUGUGUUUAGUAAUGUAAAUGUUCUGGGCAAGUUUUAAUAUUUCAGAUGCCUUUUGGAUAGUCCAGCAAUAAAGGCAACAUGCUCUGCAAUAGAAUUUUUUGUUUGCCUACUUCAACACUAAAAUAGUCCAUAAGUGUCCACAAACUCCUUUUAUAAAUGUUACAGAGCAGGGAAGAAUAAUAAAUGUGUGAAUUGUGGUUUUUUUUACGGGGGUGGAGAGGCUGGAAGGCUGACCAUUUACCUUAUGGAUAGUAACACUAGCCUCUUAAAAUCAAUUUUUAUACAAUAUCCUAUUUUGUAAUUUAAGAAUUAGUGAAUAUGAGUUGGUUUUGUUUUGAUCACAGACAUUAAUAUUUCCAUCAAAGAAGGACUUUGUGGUGUUUUCUGCUAACUUGUUUAAUUAUGCAAGUAUUAAAACCACAAUUCACUGAUUCACUCAUUUUUAUCCCUGUGAAUUUUAGUGAUAAAUACACUUGCACUACUGAGAAAAAUAUUUUGACACUUCACAUUUGCAAAAUGGAGUAUUGACAGUGUCAGUUUCAGAUUUUGUAUUUAAAAUUUCUGGCUUACAUAUCCAAUGGUGCGGAUUUUGAAAUUUGUAAGAACAAAUUUGUUUAAAAAAACAAAAACUUGCUCUUAGUUUUGUGACCUUGUGUACUUUUGAAAUAAAAUCAAAAGGUUCUCUGC